AUGCACCUCGCCGCCGUCGAGGCCACCACGGCCGCCUGCGUGUGCGACGAGGUGGAGGGGGAUCUCCUGCUGGAACUUGGCAGCGGGAAUGAGUCGGGAAGAGGAGAUCUCACGGAGCCGUUGAUUUUGAGUCCGCACAUAAUUACCGAUUCACUGGACCUGCAGGUUAGGCGACUGUUCGGAGGACAAAAUCUCGAUGUUGUGGCCAAACAAGUUCCUUUGAUAAAUAAAUAUGUUCACUUCUACAAAAUGUUGAAGAAAAUAAACAUGAUAAGUCUGGCCUCUGACAGGGUCUCUAUUGCUGUCUUUCUUGAUCAGAAUCUCCUCAUCCAUGAUACAUCAUCGGCCAACAAUGAGCUUUCAAUCUCGUCAUUCCGCCGACUUCGCCAGAACACCGUCCACAUGUGCUCCACACGAGAUAUGGGUAGUCGCACGUGCUCCUCCGCCGUCGUGCUCGCCAUCUCCGUCGUGGCGGUGCUUCUCAACGCGGACGUGGCGCUGUGCGGCUGCAGCUACAAGCGCUUCUUCGCGUUCGGUGACUCCCUCAUCGACACCGGCAACUUCGUGUACACCAUCGGCAACGGCCCGUCGCCACUCAAGGAGCUCCCCUUUGGCAUGACCUUCUUCAAGCACCCCAGCGGCCGCAUCUCCGACGGCCGUGUCGUCGUCGACUUCUAUGCGGAGGCGUUGGGCCUGCCGCUGCUGCCGCCGAGCAUCCCGGAGGAGGCGACCGGGCAGUUCCCCACCGGCGCCAACUUCGCCGUGUUUGGCUCCACGGCGCUGCCGCCGGAGUACUUCAAGACCAAGUACAACUUCACAAUGAACCCGCCUUCCACCCUGGACCGGCAGCUCGCCUCCUUCAAGAAGGUCCUCGCGCGCAUCGCUCCAGGGGACGUCGCCACGAGGGCUCUCCUGAACGAGUCCCUGGUGCUGGUGGGCGAGAUCGGCGGGAACGACUACAACUUCUGGUUCGGCAACCCCAGUAAACCCCGCGAGACGCCGGAGGAGUACCUGCCCGACGUGGUCGCCCACAUCGGCGCCGCCGUGCAGGAGGUGAUCGACCUCGGCUCCAGGACGAUCGUCGUCCCGGGCAACUUCCCCAUCGGGUGCGUGCCGGCCUACCUGAGCGCCCACCAGAGCAACGUCACGGCCGACUACGACGAGUUCCACUGCCUCAAGUGGUACAACGAGUUCUCCCAGAAGCACAACCGGGCGCUGCAGCAGGAGCUCGCCCGGCUCCGGUCGAAGAACCCCGGCGUCAAGGUCGUCUACGCCGACUACUACGGCGCCGCCAUGCAGUUCGUCCAGAAGCCGCAGGCGUACGGCAUCGCCGACCCGCUCGUCGCGUGCUGCGGCGGCAACGGGCCGUACCACACCGGCGGGGCGUGCAACAACCAGACGAAGCUGUGGGGCAGCCCCGACGGGUUCGCCAGCUGGGACGGCCUGCACAUGACGGAGAAGGCAUACAAGAUUGUCUCCGACGGCGUGCUGAACGGGCCGUUCGCCGACACCCCGCUGCUCCAUCUUUGCUAG